AUGGCAGAGGAAGAGUGCGCCGGUCCCUCUGAAAGGCCUACACGUGGCCAAAAGCGUAAGCAACAAAAUUCUAGUUACUGCGGCUUGAGCGAGGACGAUAUCAGGCAAAUUUUAUCCGUUGUGGAUGAGGAUGAUAUCUACCUUAGUGAGGAGGACCCAUUUGAAGACAGCGGCAGCGAAUACUCACCCGAUAAUUUAGAAAGUGAAAGUAUUAGUUCUGAAGUCUCUUCGGUUGACGAAAAUUACGAUACCGAACAAGUUACACAAAAUGAGGAACCAGAAGAUCUGGAAGCUAUUUUGCAGCAAAGUGAACAGGAGAUUUUUUGGACCUCGAAUGAAUUUGUCCCUCGAGUACAUGAAUUUGACCGAAAUAACAGUGGUUUGAAGAACGAUAAUUUGACUCCGGACUCAAAAGAAGUAGAUUACUUUCUUAGCCUGUUUUCCGAAGAAAUAGUAAAUAUAGUUGUGACAGAAACGAACAGGUAUGCCGCCCAACAAAAGGCUAAAAACUGGAAAGAUAUUAAUCUGCCAGAAUUGUAUGUUUUUCUUGCUAUAACUAUGUUAAUGCCACGCGUGAAGAAACUUGAAAUGAAGGAGUACUGGUCUCAGGAUAAUUUACUACAUACGGCUAUUUUCCGUCAAAAGAUGUCAAGAGACAGAUAUUUUCAAAUUCGCCGUUAUUUGCACUUUUGCAAUAACGAAGAAGUACCAUUGAAUGAUCGUCUGUAUAAAAUUGACCAGGUGAUGCAAAAAUUAAGAAGAAACUUUCAGAACAAUUUUUAUCCCUUCGAGAACUUAGUUAUAGAUGAAAGCAUGGUGUUGUUUAAAGGAAGGUUGGCAUUUAAACAAUAUAUUAAAACUAAAAGACAUCGAUUUGGAGUUAAGUUAUACGUUCUUUGUGACUGUGAAACGGGCUCCGUCUUAGAUUUCAUCAUAUACGCGGGUAAAGCUACAAAUGUACAAGCUGAAAAAAAUCAUGAUCUGCGUAUUACGGGAGCCAUUGUUGCCAAACUAAUGAGCCCUUUUUUAAAUAAAGGGCAUUCGCUGUUUACAGAUAACUUUUAUACGAGCCCGUUUCUGUCAAAUUAUCUGUUCCAACACAAAACGAACUCUUGCGGCACGGUACGACAAAACCGAAAACAAAUGCCAGUAUUUGAGAAGAAACUAAAAACUGGUGAAGUCGACUGGAGAAGUAGCAAUACUAUGUUGGCGCUCAAAUGGAAAGACCGCCGCGAUGUUAUAAUGCUGACAACAAUACAUGCAAAUAAAAUUGUCUCUCUUCCUAAAAUAAGCAGGAUUACAAAAGAAAAUAUAAAGAAGCCGUUAUGCGUUGUAGAAUAUAACACGCAUAUGGGCGCAGUUGACAGGUCGGACAUGAUGAUCAGUAGCAUUGAUUGCACUCGUAAAUCAAUAAAAUGGUAUGCAAAGGUAUUCUUUCAUUCUGUGGAUGUUACCUUACUAAAUUCUCACGCAAUGUUUUCGACGCAGCAUCCAGAAAAGGUUCCAUUUGCAAAGUUUCACUUAGAAGUUAUUCGGCAGUAUUCAUCGACUGAGGCAAAACCACUUCAUUUUGAUCAGGGGAAUGCAAGGCUGACAGAACGGCAUUUUCCGGAAUUGGUUCCUAGAAAAGAGGGAAAGAAAAGUGCCACUAGGAGAUGCAAAGUCUGCUCCCAGACAAAAGCAGGAAUAAAGAAAAGAAAGGAGAGCAGCUACAUGUGUAGAGAAUGUGACGUUGGGCUAUGUGUAGUGCCCUGCUUUCGGAUUUAUCAUCAAGUAGCCGACUUUUAA